AUGAGCAGGUCUGCAGGCUGCUGUCAGAAAACUUUGCACUAUGUGUUUGAUUAUGAAACUACAAAAACACUGGUUAUUCCCAACAUUGGAGUCGGAUGCAUCUUCAGGUUCACUCAGCUUCUGGUGCUUCUGUAUGUGGUCGGGUAUGUGUGUGUGGUGCAGAAGGCCUACCAGGACACAGACUCUGUUAUCAGUUCUGUCACCACCAAAGUGAAAGGAUUCGCUUACACUAACACAUCUGACAUGGAUCCACGUUUCUGGGAUGGAGCCGAUUACAUUAUUCCCCCUCAGGGAGAUCAUUCAUUCUUUGUACUUACGAAUAUGGUUGUGACGCCCAAACAAACUCAGUCACGUUGUCCUGAGCUUCCAAAUCCAUCUACUACUUGUGUGGACGACUGUGACUGUAUUGAAGGACGGACUGAUACACGAGGAAACGGUAUCCAGACUGGACUGUGUGUGAACUAUUCCCAGACCGUCCAGACCUGUGAGGUUCUCGCAUGGUGUCCUCUUGAAAUCGACACCCAGAUACCUGAACCUGCGAUGUUGGCUGCAGCAGAGAACUUCACUGUGUUGAUCAAAAACAGUGUGACAUUCCCUAAGUUCAACGUUCACAGGAGAAACAUCCUGCCUCAUAUAAACUCCUCAUAUCUGAAAAGGUGUGAGUUUAAUCGUAAAACGGACCCCGACUGCCCCAUAUUCCGCCUCAAGCACAUCCUGUCAGAGGCAGGAGAAGACUUUCAAGACAUGGCUGUGAAGGGGGGUGUUCUGGGUAUUAUCAUCGACUGGAGCUGUGACCUGGACUGGUGGGCCAGGAAGUGUGUCCCCAAAUACAGCUUCCGCAGACUGGACAACAAGCAUCCUGUUAAUAACGUGGCUCCUGGAUACAACUUCAGAUUUGCCAAAUACUACAAGACCCCGGAUGGAGAGGAAACCAGAACGCUGAUCAAAGCCUACGGCAUCCGGUUUGAUGUCAUUGUUUUUGGAACAGCAGGUAAAUUUGGGAUUGUUCCAACUAUCGUAAACCUGGGAGCUGCAUUGGCUUUCCUCAGUUUGCUGCCUGCCGUUUCUGACUGGUUUAUGUUGACAUGUCUGAGUAAAAAACAUUAUUACAGUCAACACAAAGUCACAUAUCUGAGUGAGGACACUGAAGCUGAAUCUAUAUCGAUGGCUACCAGUUAUGGAACACGGUGA